AUGGCGAGAGCGCAGGUCGUCGUCGGUGAGCUCGUCUACCCGAACGAGUGGCCCAGAUUGGCGAGGGGGCGAAACCUCGCGGAUCGAUGGGGGGUCCGUCCCGUGCUGCUGGAGCCGAGAGAGCCGCCGGGAGUGGGCAUGGAGAAGCUGCGAGCUCGAACGAGCCUCGGCCGCUACCUGUCCACCUGCGCCAACGAGGCCAGCCUGCACGGACUGAAUCAUCUGUCGGCCGCCCGGAGACACCCGUGCGAGCGCUGCCUCUUCGCCGCCGUGAUAAUCGCCGCGCUGGCGGCCCUCCUCGCCGUGGCUCUGGACUCGUGGCUGCGCUAUCGCAGCCCCGACUCGACCAUACUGCUGCUGGAUAAUAAUUUUCGAAAGUUUGAAAUUGCCAAGCCAGCCGUGACCGUUUGCCCUGUUAAUCUAUUACUUAGCCGAAAGUUCGGCCAAGUUUUUCAAAAGUACAAGGUCGACGAUACGGCCGAGACGAGGGAGUUUUUCAGGAAUCUGGCCGGUUGGACGUACGAGAGCGGCGCCGAGCGAAUAAAUCCGAAUUUUUCCGCCGUGGCGCCCGAUCUCUGGCUGAGGAUGCUUUACGAGCUGCGAGCCGAUGUGCUGCUCGAGUCGACCUAUCAGGAGGACAUCGAGCGCGACCGAGUCUGGACCAGCACCGAGAGCGGCUUGUGCCUCGUCGUCGCCAGCAACAUAAGGCCCUACAUCGAUAUCGAGAACUGGUUGUCGAACAAAGUACCGAAAAAUGCCAAGAGCGUGCGGACGAAAAAAGCUACCUUUGGCGUGAAAAAUUCCGGAGCCGUCGGAUACAUCAGCUCGAGCAGUCACGAUUUUCGGUUCUACUGGCACUAUCCCGACACGCUGGGCGACUACUCCAACGGCAAAUCCAGCAAGCUCGUCCGCCUGUUGACGCUGAACUCGAUGACGCUGAGCAUCGAGGAGGUCGCGAGCACGAGCCGCGUGAGGGCGUCCAGCGAUCCUCGACGGCGCGACUGCAAAUUACAUCGGGACAAGGCGGCCGUUGCGACUGGCCCCGGGGGAUGGCCCAUCUAUGCACGAGCCAUCUGCGAGCGAGAGUGUCGUUACGCCAGAGUCGAGCAGCUCUGCCAGUGUCGACCGCACACGGCCAUGCGACGCACCGGCAUGCCAAUUUGCAACGCCAGUCAGCUGCACUACUGUCUGGCGGGACAAGCGGCUAAUUUGAUGGCGUUGAAAAGCCGAGAUCUUCGAGCUUGCGGUUGUAUACAAGAUUGCAACGGAGCACUCUACCUUGAUAAAGAAUUCGACUCGUUCGCUUUCAAGGAGGGCUCGCCACCGGAUGCUGUAAUAAAUCUCGGCAUAGACUUUCCACAAAUCAAAUACAUUCGCGAGGAGAUUUUCGGUUUUACUGAUUUUUUAGGAUCAGUUGGAGGCGCGGCGGGUCUGUUCUUGGGCGCGAGCGUUUUAUCGGUUUUCGAAAUAAUUUACUUUGCUACGCUGAGAUUUUUCUUCUAUAAUCAAGAGGAGAAACGACGGGCUGAAAAAAAACGAAAGUUCCUACUUGAGAGUAAUUUGGAUUUCGCCAGAAGCAUGAAGAUAAAUAAACAUUACAAAGUUCAAAGUAGUCUAGGAUAA